GCCACGGCAGCAUAAACUAUUUCCAGCGGCUCAACACCGUGGUAAAGCUCCGGCGCCCAUAGAACCCUUUCACCUUUAAAACACCGUCCAUGGCUUCUUUCUCUUUCCAUCUCAAUUCUCAAUCAUUCCUCUAAUCAUUCAUAUUCUCUUCUUCUUCUCCUCCUCCUUCAAUUUUCAAAUGCUCCACACGCUAAACCUUUCUGCUUCUGUUUCCUCCGGAGCCGUUAGAUCAAGCCGGAAAAUGCAACUCGAGGGAGCGAAGCUACGGAGACCGGUGAUUUCCUCGGCCAUGGCCGAGGCGGCACCGGCGGUGGAGAUGAGAGGGCCGGGGAGCCUCUACGAGGUUCUAAGAGUGAAGCAGAACGCGUCGCCGAGGGAGAUCAAAGCGGCCUAUCGAACGUUAGCGAAGAUUUAUCACCCCGAUGCCGCCGCUCGCUUCGAAGAGGAGUCGUCGUCGGACGGACACCUUUUCAUGGAGAUACAAAACGCAUACGCCACGCUCUCCGAUCCGGAGUCGCGUGCGUUAUACGACCUGAAGUUGAGAGUGGGCAGCCGGGGGCGGAACGGGUUGAGCGGUUAUAGCGCCGGGUCUUGUAUGACCCGGAGAUGGGAGAGCGAUCAGUGUUGGUAGUUUCCGGUUUUCGUGGGGGGUCCCACAUUUUUGGCCGCGUUUGGGAUUUUCAUUUGUGCUCGCUCGUGUAAAUUCUACAGCUCUACUUCUUCAUUUUAAUUUUUUUUUUUUAAAUAUUCUUUUUCGAAUAUCACAUUCUUCCUUUUUGGCGAAAUGAGUAAA